AUGCGUGGGGACAGCAGGUCUCUGGACCAGUUCUACUUUUGCGUUCACAACUACAAGGACUUGCCUGGGGGCCCCUCUGUACAGAUCGAGCAGGGGGCAACCUUGUCUCACGGGGGCAAUUACACCUGCAUAGAGUGGGUCUCUGGCACUGGGCGCAGCUACCUGGCCAUAUCCCCCAUGACCUAUGUGGCUAUCCUUGGUGAUAGCAAGUGCCACCCCACCCCACCCCCCGUGGUGCAUGUGGUGGCCACCUCAGGCCCUUAUUGCAGCAUAGGAGAACACCUGUACCUGAUGUACGGGCUGGACACCAGCGCCUAUGGCAGAGGAUGGACUACGGGCCCGCCCCCCGAACUACAGCUCCCGGCAGGCCCCAGAGCUCCCAUCGUGCUUUGCGGCAGCGGCUGGCGCGUCCGGAUCCCGGCAUGGACCCGUGUUGGAGCUGAAGCUCUGGGCGGCCCAGGAGAUGGGGUUGCCCCCCGCGAAGGUGCCCCCCGACGGGGCCUUCCGCCGGAUGUGCUCAGGCCAGUGUGUGGAGAUCUGGAAAUACGUCACCCAGCACGUGCACCACCAGAGGAAUGUGAAGACGAUCCGAGGGAACUUGCUGUGGUACCAGCAUCUGGAGGAGACAGAGGGAAAGCCCAGCGGGUCAGAACCGGAGCAGGAGUGGCACAGUUGGGCCUGCAGAUGGAGAUGGCCCAGCGUGAGGUCAUGGCUGACGAGGUCUCCCUAGAGGCGGGCCAGGAGUGGAUCUGCAACACCCAGCGCCGCUCCCUGCUGCUCAAGGCCUAUGCGGCCUGCACGACCAAGGAGCGCCAGCAGCUGCAGGGCAGCGUAACCCAGUUGGGGGUGCGGCUGGAGCAGCUGCAGGACAUCAGCAGAAAGGCCAAGGUGGAGCUGACAGUGGGAGGGAAGGUGCCUGACCUCUGAUUUGCUGGCGUGGAGCCUGAAGUACUGG